CCGUUAAGCGUGCAGCUUCUGAAGGUGGAGCUGCAGAGAUGUAAACUCGAGCGGUUUCGCGGGUUAUUAAUAAUAAUGUAUGUAUUAUUAUAGAUAAUAAACUGCGUUUUUAGGCUGGUUUGGGUGUUUUUGGGCGGGUCAGGAUGGAGGGGCUGGAGAUGUCCGCGAUGAUUCCUGCUCUACAGGAGUUAGCGAGUGCCACUUCAGAGGAAUACAACCAGACUGUACAGAAGCCACGCCAAAUACUGUGCCAGUUUAUUGACCGAAUCCUGACGGAUGUUGAUGUCGUGGCGCUGGAGCUCAGUAAGAAGACCUCAGCAGAGCCGGCCUGUGUGAUGCUGCUGGAUUUUGUUCAGCACAUCAUUAAAUCCUCACCGCUGAUGUUUAUAAACCCCGUCAGCCAAUCAGAGCAGUUCAGAGAGGUGGAGAACAGCUGCGCAGAUUUCAGCAGGUGGAUCAUCACCCGGCUCCUGCGGAUCGCCGCCGCUCCGGAGUGUAGCGUCCUCCACCAGAAGAUCUCCUCCGUCAUCUGCUCUCUGCUACACCUCUUCAGGGCGAAGGGUCCCGUCAUUUUUGGCGCAUUUGCGCGGGAGUUUAUCGGGAUGGUUCAGGAUCUUUUGCUGCUGUACGCGCAGUGUGGCGCCCCCUCGUGGGCGUGGCCGGCGCCGGUGGAGCGUUUCGCAGUUAACCCCAGACCUGCCGUACCUUACCUGACCCCCUCCACCCUGCAGCUCAGCUCCAGGAAGUCUGCUCAGGCGCUGUUAGCCGCUACGCUAACCGUGCUCGCUAACGUGCUGCAGGGCGUGUUCUUCCCCAGAGAGGUGGGGCGGAUCUGGGACUCCUGCUGCGUCCUCCUGUGUGACGGUAGCCCGCGGCUAAAGGCCGUUAGCAUGGAGCUGCUGACGCGUAUCGUGGCGCUGGGCGGGUUUCCUGAAGAUCACGCUCAGGUGUUCUUCACGGCGUACCUGUCUGUUCUGGACUCUCUCUCCGGGAAUGAAGAGUCGGAGUUCUCGGUUUACGGGUCGGAGUUCCUGGCUCUGACCCGCCGAGUGUUCGUGCCGGAGCCGGGGGGCCACGCUCGGUUCCAGAGGGUCCACCUGAACCUGCUGAUGGACGCUGUGCACCGAUUGGUUCUGGGCGGUUCUGUGGAGCGGGUGGAGCGGCCCGAGGUCCGGACCACGCUCUGCCAGCUGUUCUGCUUCAUGCUGGAGUUCGUUCCUCCUGGAUACGAGUCGGCGGUUCUGAUCCGGAAGGAGAGAGUGACGGCCGUCUGUAGAACCAUGGUCCAGUCUAUUGGAACUCACCUGGACCAGCAGUAUGUGGAGGGUUAUCUGUGUGCUGCGCUGAAGACUGAAGGCCUGGCUGUUCUUCAGGAAGCUCAGAUAUGUGGAAGUGACUCAGUGGAGCCUCCUGCAGGAUACGAAGAGGAAAUUCCAGCUAAACGUCGCAAUCUGUCUAUUUCAGCGCUUUCCGGAAAAGUGGCCACGACACAGCCGGUACAGGUGGAGAUGCGGGGUAAAAGUGAGGUGUGGGCUGCUGUUCUCUCGCGGAUGGAGGAGAUGCUGAAGCAGCUGAGAGAUCCUGCAGUUCAGAACUGUCUGUACCUGAUGGAGGGGCUCGCCGUCAUCUUCCACCUGGCUGCAGUCUGCUCCAAUGCCGUUCAGACUCCUGCUGAGAAAUCUGCAGAUCCCUCCUCCUCCACCCACUCAGCUCAGCUGGUCUGGCUGAAGGCGGAGGUUUUGACUCAGGUGGUGGAGACCUGUCGUACUGUCAUGGCCAACUACACCGAGGACGACCUGGAGCCACUGGUGGACAGAACCAUCAGGAUACUGGACGCCAUUCUCUACCUGACCAUCUACACUCAGCCAGAUGCCGGUCUGUGCCGCAGUGUCUGCGCCCUGCUGUCCGUCCCCUGGGUAACUGAACACUCGUCCCUCUCAGCCUAUCAGACGGCUUCGUUUCCGGCGGGUCUGACGGGACUGUCUCAGAAACUGGCUCCUGCUUACAGGGCGGAGUCUCGGGCUCGAUGUGUGUUCCUGUUGUCGGUGCUGCCGGCGGCGGUGUGUUGGGAGUGGCGGUUGGCGGUGUAUCGCUGGGCUCUGCAGAGUGCGGUGGAGUCGGAGCGCCGCGGCGCCGUCAGGGCCUUCCCCCUCCUGCUGCACCGCCUCGGAGUUAAAUCCUACAGCCUGAUCCACGACGUCCUGCUGACGAGGCUGCAGGACUCCUCCCCCCAGGUGAAGGCGGAGUUAGCGGGUAUAACAGGCUCUCUGCUCUGCUGUCUGUCUGAGAGCUCUCAGCUCUGCCUCUCAGAGAUAACCCCGCCCCCUGACUUCCUGUGUGGGCGGGUCAGAAUUUCAGACGCUCACUCGGGACAUCCCACUACCAUCGGGGCGUCCAUCCUGCGACCGUUCCUCCAACUGCUCAAACCCAGCCAGGAGCAGCAGGUCAAACACGCUUUUAUCGAGAACAUCAGUCACCUGUGUAAACACGUGGAUCUGGCGAGUGGUGAUCCGGACACUAAAGCCCUGCUGAGCUCCGUGGUGAAUCUCAUCGAGGAUCCGGAUCAGAACGUCCGGAUGCUCUUCAGCCAGAACAUCAGGAACCUGCUGCAGUGCUGGAGCGGAGAGGGCUUCCUGAAGGAGCUUCUGGUAUCCAGGCUGAAGGAGGCGUAUACGAACGCCAAGACUGAGAGAAACAACGAGCUGAAGAACACCCUCAUACUGACCACCGGAGAGAUCGGGAGAGCCGCUGAGGGUAAUCUGGUGUCGUUCGCUCUGCUGCGACUGCUGCACUGCCUGCUCUCCAAAUCCACUCAGGUCUCUGUAGUGGCUCAUACUGAGAUCCAGGCUCUCGCCACGUCCAGAGAGCUCAAACUGCAGUCCUUCUUCAACCAGUACCGCAACCCGGUCUGCCAGUUCCUGGUGGAGUCGUUACACUCGCGUCACGUGACGGCGCUGCGCUGUACUCCGGAUCAGAGCAGUGAGGCGCUGCAGGAGGAGGCGGCUCAUCAGCGUGAGGUAGCGCUGGACAUCCUGUCUCACGUGGCUCACGUCUUCGACUUCCCCGACCUCAACCGCUUCCUCAACCGCACUCUGCAGGUGCUGCUGCCGUACCUGGCGGCUAAAGCCAGUCCCACAGGCUCCGCCCUCAUCCGCACUAUCGCCAAGCAACUCAACGUCAACCGCCGCGAGAUCCUCAUCAACAACUUCAAAUACAUCUUCUCCCACCUCGUCUGCUCCUGCAGCAAAGAGCAGCUGGAGAGAGCCUUCCACUACCUGAAGAGCGAGACGGAGAUUGAGCUGGGCAGUUUACUCAGGCAGGAUUUCCAGGGCCUCCAUAACGAGCUGCUCCUCAGACUGGGAGAACAUUACCAGCAGGUGUUUAAUGGACUGGCUAUACUGGCCUCAUUCGCCUCCAGUGAUGAUCCGUACCAGGGCCCGCGGGACAUCUCCUCUCCAGAACACAUGGCUGAUUACCUGCAGCCGAAGCUCCUGGGGAUCCUGGCGUUCUUCAACAUGCAGCUGCUGAGCUCCAGCGCUGGAGAGAAGGAGAAGAAGAAGAUGGCUCUGAACAGUCUGAUGGCGCUGAUGAAGCUGAUGGGAUCGAAGCACAUCAGCUCAGUGCGGGUGAAGAUGAUGACCACGCUGAGAACCGGACUGAGAUACAAGGAGGACUUCCCACAACUCUGCUGCCAAACGUGGGAUUGUUUCGUACGUUGUUUGGAUCCCUCGUAUUUGGGGCCGUUGUUGAGUCAUGUGAUCGUCGCCCUGUUACCCCUCAUCCCCAUCCAGCCCAAAGAGACAGCCGUCAUCAUGCACUACCUCAUAGUGGAGAACAGGGAGGAAGUGCAGGACUUUCUUCAUGAAAUCUACUUCCUGCCCGACCACCCGGAGUUAAAGAACGUCCACAAGGUUCUUCAGGAUUACCGGAAGCAAACCUCUAAGAGCACUGACCUGCAGGCGGCGCUGCAGCUCUCCAUGCGCGCCAUCCAGCACGAGAACGUAGACGUCCGCAUCCAUGCCCUCACCAGCCUGAAGGAGAUGAUGUACAAGAACCAGGACGCUCUGCUGAAAUAUAUUCUGGACAGUGAGAUGGUGGAGCCGGUGAUCUCUCAGUUGGUGACGGUCCUGCUGCGGGGGUGUCAGGACGUUCACCCCGAGGCUCGGCUGCUCUGUGGGGAGUGUCUCGGGGAGCUGGGGGCCGUGGACCCCGGACGCCUGGACAUGACCACCACCCACACCCAGGGCUCCGGGGCCGUAUUCGUGAGUGGGAUUGAUGAUCCGAACUUUGCGUUUGGUUUACUGACUGAACUCACCAGGACGUUUCUGGCGUACGCAGAUAACGUACGAGCGCAGGACGCUGCAGCGUACGCCAUGCAGGAGCUGUUAUCAGUGUUUGAGUGUCGUGAGGGCCGGACGGAUUCUCCAGGUCGUCGGCUGUGGAGGAGAUUCCCCGAACAGAUUCAGGAGAUUCUGGAGCCUCACCUUAACAGCAGGUAUAAAAGCUCUCAGAAGGUGGUAAACUGGUCUAAACUGACGAAGCCGGUGUACCUCAGCAACCGCGGGAGUAAGUUCUCAGACUGGUCAGCCACCUGGGCGGGUUACCUCAUCAGCAAGGUGAGGCACGAUCUGGCCAGUAAAGUGUUCAACUGCUGCAGCUUCAUCAUCAAACACGACUAUAAGGUGACCAUCUACCUGCUGCCCCACAUCCUGGUCUACUUCCUGUUGGGAGCGACCCGGGACGAGCAGCGGGAGGUGACGGAGGAGAUGAUGGCGGUUCUGAAGGAGGAUGAUCCUCGAUUGGCUCGGCUGCAGGAGAACGCUUCCAGCCUGAGUCAGCUCAGCACUCAGACCAUCUUCUCCAUGCUGGACCACCUCACCCAGUGGGGGCGCUACAGGCUGCAGACCCUCAGCACCGCCAAGACCUCCGGCCGCCACGCCCGCGACCAGGCCCCGCCUUCCACCAGCGGUGUGGAGAACAGUGAGUAUCAGUGUGUCGUCUCCUUCCUGAACGGAAUUCCUCAGGACGCGCUGGCUAAAGCCUCGUUUCGGUCGAAAGCGUACACUCGAGCCGUCAUGCACUUCGAGUCCUUCAUCAGAGAGCAGAAGCAGAACAUCCAGGACCAUCUCACCUUUUUACAGGCGCUGUACGCGGCGAUGCACGAGCCGGAUGGGGUUCGAGGCGUGAACGCUCUGAGGAAGGACGAGCCAUCGCUGCGAGAGCAGAUCCUACAACACGAGAGCAUCGGCUUACUGAGAGAAUCUACAGCCUGCUACGACCGAGCCAUACAGCUGGAGUCUGACCAGAUUGUGCAUUAUCACGGCGUGAUGAACUCCAUGCUGGGUCUGGGUCAGCUCUCCACGGUUAUGACUCAGGUUAAUGGAGUUCUGGCUAACAGGCCUCAGUGGAAGUCUGAUCUGAAUGCGUAUCGGGUGGAGGCGGCGUGGAAACUCUCCAAGUGGGAUUUAGUGGAGGAUUAUCUGGCUUCUGAUCAGAAGUCUAAUACGUGGGGCGUGAGGCUGGGUCAGAUGCUGCUCUCAGCUAAGAAACAGGAUUCGGAGGCGUUUUGUGAGAAGCUGAAGUUGAGCAGGAAGGAGCAGGUGGUGCCGCUGUCGGCCGCCAGCUUCGAGUGCGGAACCUACCAGAGAGGAUACGAGUACAUUGUCAGGUUGCACAUGCUGAGUGAGUUGGAACACGCCUUCACCGAGCUGCAGAAGGAGAGUGGGGGGACUGGGGGCGGAGCCAGAGGAUCAAAGGCGGAGCUUAUGCUGAACUGGGAUCCCCGCCUCCUCAUGACCCAGAAUUCCUUUAGAGCCAAAGAGCCAAUCCUGGCCCUGCGGAGGGCGCUGCUGAGCCUCAGUAAAGGGAGUGUGUGUGAGGAGCAGGUGGGUGAGUGUUGGUUACAGAGUGCCCGGGUGGCGCGUAGAGCCGGGCAUCACCAGACCGCCUUCAACGCUUUACUGAACGCCCAGAACUCCCACAUCUCCGAGCUCUUCGUGGAGAAGGCCAAGUGGCUGUGGUCUAAGGGAGAUGUGCACCAGGCUCUGAUAGUGCUGCAGAAGGGGGUGAAGCAGUGCUUCCCGGAGGAUCAGCCAAUCACAGACCCGAAGAGGAACCAGAUUAAAGGGAAAGCUCUGCUGCUGGUCGGCCGAUACAUGGAGGAAACCGCCAACUCCGAGAGCAACGCCAUCAUGAAGAUAUACCGGGAAGUGACGACGCUGUUGCCGGAGUGGGAGGACGGUAAUUUUUAUUUGGCUCAGUAUUACGAUAAACUCAUGCCCAUGAUCACCGACAACAAGAUGGAGAAGCAGGGAAACGUUAUCCGCUAUAUCGUAACUUACUUCGGAAAAGCUCUGCAGUUUGGUAAUCAGUAUAUUUACCAGGCCAUGCCCCGCAUGCUCACGCUCUGGCUCGACUUCGGAGCCAAAGUUUACGAAGUCGAAAAAGCGGGGAGAUCGGACCGGUCUCAGAUGCGAGCGGAUCUGAGUAAGAUAAACGCUGUGAUCAGUGAACACACCAGUAACCUCUCCCCGUACCAGUUCCUCACCGCCUUCUCCCAGCUCAUCUCCCGCGUCUGUCACUCCAGCGACGACGUCUUCUCCGUGCUGAUGGACAUCGCCGCCAAGGUCUUCCUCGCCUACCCCCAGCAGGCCAUGUGGAUGAUGACCGCCGUGUCAAAGUCCUCCUACCCGACCCGGAUGAACCGCUGUAAGGAGAUUCUGAAGAAGGCCGUCAGUCUGAAGAGCUCCUUCGGGAAGUUUAUAGAAGACGCGAACAGACUGACGGAUAAACUGGUGGAGCUCUGCAACAAACCGGUUGAUGGGAACAGCUCGACUCUGAGUAUGAGCGUUCACUUUAAGCUCCUGAAGCGUCUGGUUGAGGAAUCGAGUUUCAGCGAGAUCCUGAUCCCCCUGCAGUCUGUCCUGAUCCCCACCCUGCCCUCCACCGGCGGUGCUAACCCCCACCACGACGCUUUCCCCGGACACUGGGUCUACCUCUCCGGCUUCGACGACAGCGUGGAGAUCCUGGCGUCCCUCCAGAAACCGAAGAAAAUCUCUCUGAGGGGUUCAGAUGGAAAAUUCUACACCAUGAUGUGUAAACCUAAAGACGACCUGAGAAAAGACUGCAGACUGAUGGAGUUUAACUGUCUUAUUAACAAGUGUUUGAGGAAAGACGCGGAGUCCAGGCGGAGGGAUCUGCACAUUCGGACGUAUGCGGUAAUUCCGCUAAAUGAAGAGUGCGGCAUCAUCGAGUGGGUCAACAACACCGCCGGCCUUCGCCACAUCCUCAACAAACUCUACAAAGAGAAAGGGAUCUAUCUGACGGGAAAGGAGCUGAGGAAGAUGAUUCUGCCGAAGACGGCGUCUCUGCAGGAGAAGCUGAAGCUGCACAAAGACGUCCUGUGUGCCCGACAUCCUCCGGUGUUCCACGAUUGGUUCCUCAGGACAUUUCCCGACCCAACGUCCUGGUAUAACAGCAGGUCGGCGUACUGCCGUUCCACCGCCGUCAUGUCCAUGGUGGGGUACGUCCUGGGACUGGGCGACCGACACGGAGAGAACAUCCUGUUCGACUCUCUCACCGGAGAGUGCGUCCACGUCGACUUCAACUGCCUGUUCAACAAGGGGGAAACGUUCGAUGUUCCGGAGGUGGUUCCGUUCCGGCUGACGCAGAACAUGGUGCACGCCAUGGGACCAAUGGGAACAGAGGGGCUGUUCCGACAGGCCUGUGAGGUCACACUGCGACUAAUGAGGGACCAGAGAGAACCACUGAUGAGUGUGCUGAAGACGUUCCUGCAUGAUCCGCUGGUGGAGUGGAGUAAACCAGUGAAGGGCUCCUUAAAAACCCAGGCUAAUGAAUCUGGAGAAAUCGUCAAUGAGAAGGCUAAAACUCAUGUUCAGGACAUCGAGCAGCGUCUGCAGGGCGUGAUAAAGAACAGGAAUAAAGUGAUGGGUCUUCCUCUGUCCAUCGAGGGACACGUCCACUAUCUCAUCCAGGAGGCGACUGAUGAUAACCUGCUGUGCCAGAUGUACCUGGGCUGGGGGCCGUACCUGUGAUCAUCACCAUCACCAUCAUCACCAUCACAGCGCUUAAUAAUAAUUAUAACAAUAAUACCUGACCAUCGCACUUAAAACUGUGAAGAAUUAAUCGUUUAAUUUAGUUUAUGAAGAGUUUAUAAUUUUCUACCUGCUACAGUACUGAUUACGAGAUAUUCUCAUCAAUAUCUGUUCUUUAUUUUUUAUCAUUUACUGCAUUGAAGAUUAAUAUUAAUGGAUGGAUGGAUGGAUUGGAUUGGAUUGGAUGGAAUGGAAUAGAUGGAUGGAUGGGAUGGUAUGGUAUGAUUGGAUGGAUAGAUGGAUGGAUGGGUGGAUUGGAUGGAUGGAUGGGUGGAUUGGAUGGAUGGAUGGGUGGAUGGAUGGAUAGAUAAAUGGAGUUGAUGGAUGAAUGGAUUGGAUGGAUUGAAGGAUGGAUGGGAGCAUAGUGGAGCAGUUGUCUAGAGAUCAGCAUCUCUAGAUUAAUGGUUGGAUUGGAUGGAUGGGUGGGUAGAUGGAUUGAGCUCAGCACCCCUAGAUCUAGAUUGAUUGGAUCGAUGGAUGGUUGGUUGAAUGGGAUGGAUGGAUGGAUGGAUGGAUUGGAUUGAAUGGGAUGGAUGGAUGGAUUGGAUUGAAUGGGAUGGAUGGAUUGAAUGGGAUGGAUGGAUGGAUUGGAUUGAAUGGGAUGGAUGGAUGGAUUGGAUUGAAUGGGAUGGAUGGAUUGAAUGGGAUGGAUGGAUGGAUUGGAUUGAAUGGGAUGGAUGGAUGGAUUGGAUUGAAUGGGAUGGAUGGAUUGAAUGGGAUGGAUGGAUGGAUGGAUGGGAUGGAUGGAUGGAUGGAUGGAUUGAAUGGGAUGGAUGGAUGGAUUGAAUGGGAUGGAUGGAUGGAUGGAUGGAUGGAUGGAUGGAUUGGAUGGAAUUGGAUGCAUGGAUUGAAUGGGAUGGAUGGAUGGAUUGGAUUGAAUGGGAUGGAUGGAUUGAAUGGGAUGGAUGGAUGGAUGGAUGGAUGGAUUGAAUGGGAUGGAUGGAUGGAUUGAAUGGGAUGGAUGGAUGGAUGGAUGGGAUGGAUGGAUGGAUGGAUGGAUUGAAUGGGAUGGAUGGAUGGAUUGAAUGGGAUGGAUGGAUGGAUGGAUUGAAUGGGAUGGAUGGAUGGAUUGUUGGUUGGUUUUUGGAUGGGAUGGACUGAAUGGAUGGGAUGAAGGGAUGGAAGAGUGGAGGAAAAGUUAACAUGACAUCAGAACCUCUAGAACCCCUUUAAGACAGUUGGAGAACCUUUCCAUGUUCUACCUCAUAAAGCCACUGAGAGAAUAAACAUCAGUAGUUGGCAAAUUCGUCAUCAAAGCAAUAAAUGCUACACUACGCUUUGAAGAAUCUGAAGUAUUAAACAUAUUUUGGUUUAUUUAACACUUUUUUCUUUACUUCCUGAUUCCCUUAAAUGUCUUCAGUAUGAAUCUACAAUGCAGAAAAUAAUAAAAAUAGAGGAUAAUAUGAGAAGAUCAGUGAGAGGUACUGUAUGUGUUUAUUGUUUCAGUUUAUUGAAGCUGUUGUGAGUAAAAUAUUAUAAUUAUUCUGUAAUAAUUCAGAACACUGAGAAGUUUUACUGUGUUUACAGUGAAAUCUGAUCUAAGUGCCUGAUUAUAUCUGAUUAUAUCUGUUUAUUUCUGUUUAUAUUUGUUUAUCUCUGUUUUUUUCGCUUGUUCUUGUUGUAAUAUAGGUUCCUGUUUUGUCUAAGUUGUAUUUUUUCACAAAUUAACUGAGAGAAAGUGAAAAUACAGUUUAAUAAGAGAUUGUUUAUAAAGUGUGUGUGGUAUUUUUUCAUGGCUACACCAGGACUGUAUUUGUUUUGUAUUAUAUUUUCUGCACUUAUGUAUUAAAAAUGCCUUUUGGACACAAGA